GGAGGAGUUGCUGGAGGAGCAGUGCGCUCGGAAGCGAUGGAGGAGGCGCUAGCACUAAAGGACAGGGAAAUAUAUGAGACGAAGGCGCUGCUGCAGCAGCAGCAGCAACAGCAACAGCAGCACCAGAUGCAGCAGCACUCUGCUGCUUUCGCGUUGCAUGCAGCUGCUCAACGUGCUGAGGAGGCAGACAGAGCCGCAGCGGCUCGGGUGGAAGCCUUACAACAAGAGAUUCAAAGACUGAAGGAGAUGAGCGCUGAAGCAGCAGUGGCUGCGGUGCUGCAGCUGCAGCGAGCCCUCAGGGCCCGGGAGUUGGAGACAGAAGAUCUGCGGCAGCAAAUUCUUCACUUAGAGUCGCGUAUGCAUGCAAAUGACAAGUCAGCUCAGGUGGACGUGCUGCGGCGGGGUUAUGAGGAGGUGCGGCAGCAGCUGCAGCAGCAAACUGAGAAGGUAGAGGCGCUGCAGCAAGACUCUCUGCUGCUGGAGAAGGCCCGUGCUGAAGCGAUUGAUUUGCAGAUGUUGGUGCA